GAGUGACUCGUCGUCUGCAACGAUGCUUCACGCCAUCAUGGACGCUAUGCAGGGCUUUGGGGUGAGCAGCACCCGCUACCUGCAGACCAACUACCAAGAUGCUCAAGGCUUGUUCCUUUGGGUGUCAUGGGCAGCAGACCUCAGGAACACUUUCUUCAUCUUCUUCCCACUCUGGUUCCACUUGCGGCCUUCGGUGGGCAUCAAGCUCAUCUGGGUGGCUGUCAUCGGGGACUGGCUCAACUUGGUGUUCAAAUGGAUUCUGUUUGGGGAGAGGCCCUACUGGUGGGUCCACGAGACACCGUAUUACACCAACAGCCUUCGCCCUGAGAUUCAGCAGUACCCUAUGACCUGUGAGACCGGACCAGGAAGCCCCUCGGGUCAUGCUAUGGGAGCGGCAGACGUCUACUACACAUUGGUGACGUCCAUCCUCGCCAUCACGGCUCGUAAGAAGAAACACGGUGGCAGGAAGUCCUCCAACAAUAGCUACCUGAAGGUCAUCCUUUGGACCAUCUUCUGGGGAGUCCAAGUGUGCGUCUGUCUGUCUAGGGUCUUCAUCGCCGCCCACUUCCCCCACCAGGUCAUUGCUGGAGUCAUCUCAGGUAUGAUUGUGGCGGAGGCCUUCAACAGAACACAGUGGAUCUACAGCGCCAGCAUGAAGAAAUACUUCUACACAACACUUUUCCUGACCUCCUUCGCCGUUGGCUUCUACCUACUUCUCAGACUUGUGGGCGUAGACCUCUUGUGGACGCUGGAGAAGGCCCAGAAAUGGUGCUCCAGACCCGAGUGGGUCCACCUAGACAGCACCCCGUUCGCCAGCCUCUUGCGCAACAUGGGCACGCUCUUCGGCCUGGGCUUGGGCCUGCACUCGCCGCUGUACACCGAAACCAAGCGCAGUAGCAGCAGUUCCGUGUCCAGGGCCGGUUGUAUUGUCGGCUCCCUGCUACUGCUGCACCUCUUUGACUCCUUCAAGCCCCCCACGCACACUGCCGCCCUCUUCUACCUGCUCUCCUUCUGCAAAAGCGCCACCGUGCCCGUGGCGACUGUCAGCAUCAUUCCCUACCUAGUCAACAGCGCACUGGGCCUGCACAGCAAAAAGGCCGCGUGAGCCAACUGCUUAAAAAAAAAAGACUUUCCGAAACAGAAAGCACAGGCUGACCUCUUCCUGUGUAAAGACUUGGUGCUAACUACAAUUAUUUAAAAAAAAAUUGCCAGGCGGAGCCGACAAGAACAGGAAAUGGUCAUUUGAACGUGUUCAGGUGACACUUCCCAUGAUGCUUUGAGGCACCUGCAAGAGCUUAGUAGCUAAGUUGCUAAAUAUGCUAUAUGUAAUAUUGCUGUAUUUUUGAAUAUUUCAGAGUAUUUUUAAUUCUUCUUAAUAAAAUAUCGAAAACAA